UGAACUUCCAAAGACCUUGCUAUUCAUCAUUUUCCUCCAGUUCAACGUUACUCUGGGAGCGAGGAAGGAUCACAACUUUGGACAACGUUCCUAAGGUCAUUUUAUCCUAUCAGAGAAAUAAUGAAGGCUUUGGAUGUGCUCAUUCUACUACUCCCAGUGGCAGUCAAUACUCUACCGUACGAUAUCAUGCCAGUGGAUUGUGCUGAUGUGUAUAGAAAGGGCUUUGGACACAGUGGAGUGUACACCAUCUACCCUGCAGGAACAACCUCCCCCAUCCAGGUCUACUGUGACAUGGGCUGUGAGGACCAACCUGGGGGUGGGAAAUGGACAGUGAUCCAGAAGAGAAAGGAUGGAACAGUGAACUUUUACCGUGGAUGGGACCAAUACAGGAGUGGGUUUGGGCAGUCAUCUGGAGAGUACUGGUUAGGCCUAGAAAACAUCCAUCUCCUCACUCAGAGGAAGCAGUAUGAGUUGAGGGUGGACCUGGAGGACUUCGAAGGAGCUAAAGCCCACGUGCAGUACUCCUCCUUCUCUGUCGACUCUGAGCAUGAAGGAUACAAGCUGCAUUUAAGUGGCUUCAAAGAUGGAGGUGCUGGAAAAUCUAUGGAUGAACACAAUGGGCAGAAGUUCUCCACCUUCGAUAAAGACCAGGACACUUACGUUUCAAACUGUGCUAAAACAUAUCUAGGAGGAUGGUGGUAUGGAGAAUGCCACAGUGUCAAUCCCAACGGGGUAUAUCUGUGGGGCGACUCAAUCUAUGGUAUUGGUAUCAACUGGGUGAACUGGAAAGGUUAUAAAUACUCUUUAAAAGCCAUUGAAAUGAAGAUAAGGCCAGUGGAAUAAGUUCACAACCUCUCACACUCACACUUUACAUAAAAAUAUUACCUUUAAAAGUAUGAAAAUAUUUGGAAAGCCACUGAAGUCUAAACAUUUUAAAGCUAAUAAAUUGAAGGGAAAAAAGCUUUGUCUCGUUUUAUUGAAGUGUUGCCAGUCUUACCGUAAACCUUCAUUACAGUGUUGAAAUAAGGUAGAAACGCACUAAUAUCCUCUAACAGCUGAAGGAACAGUUGCAGGAGUCCAGAUUGGUCUGAGACACACUGAACCCUUAGUCCAUACGGCUAGGUUACCGGGUUUGAUUAGAGGCCCACAAACAUCAGUCCUUGUCAAAGUCUUUGUUGAGCACAGUCAUUGAUAGUUUAAGGAGUGGUUAGAGAAU